CAAUGCUAUGCUCUGCUAGCAUCUCUGGUGGAGUCGGGCUGAGCAAUAAAACCACGACAGGCCUAGAGUUUCAUUCUACGAAAACAAAGAAAUCACCAUUCUGGGCUAAGGAGGGCUGCGGAGUCGUAGGGCUGUUCAGCGGUCAGCGCCCGUCAAUCCAUAGUUAUACGAACAGUGAUUGGGUACUGCCUGAGCCCUGGUACCGCCAGAUCGUAAUAUUGGCGACGAAGAUCACAACGAAGUGGUUUUCGCCAUGAUCCUCGAGCUAAAUCGAACGAAUCCCCUGCAGGAUGGAGAGACAAAGACUUGACCAAACCACCCGAGGGUCGAGGCACGCUGAGGCUGUUCCCAAAGUCCACUUACAUCUGAUGUCAUAGCUCAUCUGACCAUCGUUCCAUCCCACAGUGCUGGCAGGGCGUGCGAAGCUCCAGUGCACCUGUGCUUUUAUCCCCGUCCACGAUGUCCUAUGCAUCGAAAAGGAAGACCUCAAAUGCUUGGACCCCACUAGGAUGUCGUACCGAUGCACGCGCUAACUCGAUUGCAUCUUCCAGCCCUAAUUAUUACGCUCGUGACUGCGCAUCUCACCUUACGGCGGGGCAGUGCCUCGCACUAGUGGCGUUGAUGCAAUCACUAGCUUUCAUUGCUUCCUCAUCUUUUUGGCGCAGUUUCGCCCAUUGGAUAGCGACCGACAGCCCCGGUAUUGGUGUCAUAGCACCCAUGGCGGUGAACGCACUCUGGCAUAAGUAGAGGGGGCCGAAGAUUGCAGCACUUCAGCUUACUUUCCUCCUUGAUUUCUAAGCUCACUCAGGUGCUGGACCGCCUACUUGUUCAAUUCAAACCCCUUUACCUUUCGUAACGCGUGUUUUCACCUCCAAACCUUGCACGACCCCCUCAAUCCUACGCCAACAAACAUCAUCAUAAUGAAGGCCUCCAUCGCUUUUGCUUCCCUCGUCAUGUCGGCCGUCGCCGUCGUCGCGGCUCCCGCGCCAGCGUCAUCCACCACCGUCACGCUGCAGAGCACUGGGUCACCGCUCGGCUCAUCGACGACCACCGUCAGCUUCCCCGCAUCCGGGACCACGGCCCCCGCGGGAGGCAUGAGCGGCAGCAUGCCGACCUCGUCCGCGAGCGCUCCAUCAGGCAGCGGAUCCUCGGUUCCGCCGUCGUCUAGCGCGACCUCGCUCGCAAGCUCUCCAACGGGCAGCGGCACCUCCGUUCCUCCCUCGUCGAGCGCAACCAAGCCCGCAAGCUCCGGGUCUGCCAAGCCUACGAGCACCGGCACUGCGCCUCCUACAGGCCCCACAUCGGUCCAACAGGUCGUAGCCGGAGCUGCGGGAACGCUCAACAGCCUCAUCGAGGACCUCGUCAGCGGCAACCAGAUCUCGUCAGCGGUCGGAACACAGCUGGGCGAGCUCGUCAACAUGACAGCCCAGGACUUCGUGGCCAUCGUGAGCGCCAGUGCUCAGCCAGCAGGCAACUCGACUGGCAACUCGACUGGUAGCCCGACGCAGAAGCGACACUACCUCGACUAAGCGGCCUAACGCCAAGUUUUGGCGCAGCUUUGUAACUAGUAGGCCAUCGAGCUUCCUACCGGGACCAUGAUGUACUGUAGCAUAAGGACAGUUGAUUAAUGUUGUGUGUAUAUACUGCAUGGACUUGUUGAGAUAAUAGACAUUAGUUUGUAUUCUCCACUUCGAGCACGCUCUCAUAACAUUAAGGCCGCCUAGCU